CAGGCGACGAAAAUUGGGAAAUGUACUCGGCGAUUCGCUCGCUUCCGCUCGACGGUGGCCACUCCGGUGACUAUCAUGGACCUCUGGACGGAACCAAUCUUCCCGGCGACGCUUGUUUGGUCUUAACCACUGACCCAAAGCCUCGUCUCCGGUGGACUUCCGAGCUCCAUGAGAGGUUCGUUGACGCCGUCACGCAGCUCGGUGGUCCCGACAAAGCAACUCCCAAAACUAUUAUGAGAACAAUGGGAGUGAAGGGCCUCACCCUCUACCACCUCAAAUCACAUCUUCAGAAAUUCCGCCUAGGGAGGCAAGCUUGCAAAGAAUCAACUGAGAACUCCAAAGAUGCUUCUUGUGUUGGGGAGAGUCAGGACACAGGUUCAUCUUCAUCAUCAUCACUGAGAAUGGCAGCGCAGGAGCAGAACGAGGGUUACCAAGUCACUGAAGCUUUACGCGCUCAGAUGGAAGUCCAAAGAAGGCUACACGAACAAUUGGAGGUGCAACGGAGACUCCAGCUGAGGAUAGAGGCACAAGGAAAGUACCUGCAAUCAAUUCUUGAGAAAGCUUGCAAGGCCUUUGACGAUCAAGCUGCUGCUUUUGCCGGGCUUGAGGCAGCUAGGGAAGAGCUAUCGGAGCUGGCCAUCAAAGUCUCCAAUAGCACUCAAGGAACAACUGUCCCGUUCUUCGACGCAACAAAGAUGAUGAUGAUGCCAUCUUUGUCGGAGCUCGCAGUAGCAAUAGACCAUAAAAGCAACAACAUCACAACCAACUGUUCAGUAGAGAGCUCUCUGACUUCAGCCACCAAUGGGAGCUCAGUUUCUGCUGCAUCGAUGAAGAAGCGGCAUCGUGGAGACAACGUGGGCAUUGGGUAUGAAACAAGCUGGAUAAUGCCUAGUAGUAGUACCAUUGGAUAAAGUUUUAGGAAGGAAAGAAGAAAUCAACUUGGGAAAAGUAGAGAUAAGAUUUAACUCUUCUUUACUUGCUUUGGGGGGAGACUGUAUUGUUGGAUACGAAACUUGUCAUCAAAAUAUCAUCUUAGACUACU